CCCUCCGUGCCGGCCGCGCGCUGACGAGCGCAGGUUCACCGUGCGUCCUCACACCGCGGCCGUCUCCACGCGUCGCACCGGUGUGGGUGGGGUCCCUUUUGAUGCGCAGCGACACGGCAAAGUACACGUCCACAAGUCCAUUCAAACUUCGCCCAGAACCAGCCUGGCUGCGGGAGGAUCGGGAGAGAGAGAGGCGUCGGGGCUCUGCGUUCUGUGGUCUCGGGUAAACAUCGACAAGAGCGCAUAUAAUUACAUCAAGCUGCGCGGUGGAAUAACCCUGACUGCUCAGGAACUAGGUGGAGGUGUGUGCAGGGUGGGUGACCGGGCGUUUGUUCCUUUACGCGCAAUCCGACAUCUAGAGUGCGUUGCCCCUGCGCAUCUUUUUUAUCUCGCCCAGGCUCGAUAGUACUCGACCGUCAUGGCAUGGCCUUGUCUCACGCGCGCUUGCUGCAUCAACCGCUAUUGGACGGAGCUGGACAAAGCGGACGUCGCGGUGCCGUUGGUUUUCGGCAAAUACUCGGAUGCGGCCGACGCGCAGCAUCUUCCCCAUCACCCGCAGCCGAGACACAAGAGGGCCGGGGCGAUUGCCAUAGAAACCCAGCCCCAUCGCGCCGAGCAGGGGCCCGGGAAGGCACCGCCCGCGACGGCUGCCGCAGCGGGCAAAGAUGGCUCCGCGGCGUCCGUCAUGCGCCAAGACUUCAAGGCGUGGAGUGUGCGCCCCGAGCCGAGCUGCAAACCCCGGAAUGAGUACCAGCGCUCGGCCGCCCCGUUCAACACCGAAACGCAGUAUCAGAAGGACUACAAGCCGUGGCCUAUACCGAAGAAGCGCGAUCACCCUUGGAUACCCAGACCCGGCCCCGCCGCCUCCGGCGGGCCGGACCGCAGCGCAGGGAGCGGAAAGCUGGAUCCCGAGGCCGAGAGCGGCGUGGAGAAGAGCGAGAUCGAGGAGAAAACGCAGGAGAAAGAGUCAACCGAGGCGGCGAAGACGAGCGCGAAGAGGGAAAAGUCCGCCGAGAGGGAAACGGGCGAGAAGACGGACAGUCAGGCGCCCGCGGGUGUGAGCGCCGAGCAGAGGAAAGGCAGGGCGGCCGCAGACGCGCUGAACAGGCAGAUCAAGCAGGUCAUGUCCACUUCUAGCAGCUAUAGGACUGAGUUCAAGGCCUAUAAGGAUGUGAAACUAGUGAAGGCCAUUAAAGCUCCAGAUCAGUACAAACCCCCAGUGAAGGAGGCCAGUUUGGAAACCAGCUACAGCGCCACAUACAAGGGGGAGCAGAUGAAAGCUCAACCCACCGACAACAAGCUGGUGGAGCGCAGGCGGAUACGCAGCCUGUACAGUGAGCCGGGCAAGGAAGCCGCCAAGGUGGAUAAACCUGUUUCUCGCACCAAACAAAAAAAGACGCCAACAACAACAACUGGGAAAAUGGUGAAAAAAUCCAAGGAGAAGCAGAUUGCUAGUUCCCAGUCAGCCAAGAAGAAACCGUCCUCUUGUGCCCCGAAGCCCAAACCAGAUGGAGCCGUCACAAAGAAAAGCAAAGAGAUCAGCAAUAGACUGGCUGAAUCAAAGCAGUAAAAGUAGUACUCAAAACCUUUUUCCAUCAUCGUGAUCAAAGGCAAUCUUGACAAAUUUGGCAAAUUUCUUCUGUCUGGUUUAUUUCUCUUCCUGUUUUUGCCGGCCUGUCAUAUAUUGUUGACCUUCUAAUGGGCACUGGUGUCAAGCUUUUAGAAUAAUGCAAAUAAUUGUGUGAGAGCGUGCGUGUAAGUGUGUGAUUGUUUGUUUUUUGGUGCACAGAACCGCUUUAUAUUGUUGAGCACAUAAUUUGCACAUUAUUUAUAUGAGUUCUGUUUAACAUUGAACUAUUAAAAAGAGCUAUUGGUACACAUAAGUGUGAAUGGACAUUUAUAUCUUUCUCGGAAUGACAAUUGAGAGGAAUAUAAAGAUUGUAUGAAAUCUCAAAUGGAUGCUUAUUCUUCCAGACUGUAUCACACAGGAGGUUUUGUAAGAGUACAAAAUCUGUUUUAUAGUUGCGUUUGCUAGUUACAGUGCCUCUGCUGUAUGGUCCUGGUUUUCAUUUCAUUGUCCUGGAUGAUAACUGGUUUUAUCAGUUUGGUUGCUAAGAAACCAAAUUAACUGUAAUAUAAUUGCUACAGCUUGCAUGCAGUUUUUCAGUCGAGUAGGAACAUUUUAGCAGACGUAAUGUCACAUUUUAGCGUGUAAAUUGAGCCUUUUAAGAUAAAUAUAUAGGGGAAAGACCUUUUGAAAUAAUGCAUGUUUAGUGAUAGAAUCUGGCCACACUUUAGAAACAAAAAUACAUACACUAAGUAAAAACACACCACCUGUAUAGUGUCACCAACAAACAUAUUUCUGGCAAAUUUGAAUGAACAUCAACUUCUUCCAUUAAAUGACAUUACUGGAGUUUUUAUGACAACUUUUGUGACUACUCCAUCCUCUCUGUGCUAAAUAAGAAGAAGAAGAAAAAAUAUGCAUUUAGGUCUUAAGGGGGCGAACCUAUCGUUACUCAGUAGAUGUGUCCUUCUGAAUUGGCUGAUCUCUCCAGGUGAUGAAGGACAAGGAAUGUGCCAGGACUCAAAAGUUCAGCUCUUUAAAUUGCUGCUGUCUGAAAAUACGCAAACAUCAUCUGUUCUUUCUAAGCAUUAAAUUAAGUAUUUGUACUUAAAGCCACGGUGUGUGAGAGCCUAUUUGAGCACUAUCACGGAGUGUCUGCUUCCAGUUUUGGCUUCAAUGUGUGUGUGUGUGUGUGUGUGUGUGUGUGUGUGUGUGUGUGUGUGUGUGUGAGAUGGAGUGAGAGAGUUUUCUGUGUACACCUCUAUCGCCUGCUGCCACUAGACGUGCUGCUGAGUCCUCCACCACCCUGGUGCUAUACCUCUCAUUGUGUAUGCUGUCUGGUUUGGAUUGUGUGGAGUCGAGCAAGAGACAAAUGAUGUUAUGACGACGUCAUACCGCUGCAAACAUGUAGUGAUAUUGUGUUGUACUCUCAUCUUGCUCAGAAUGAACUCCGAUUAAAACAAUGACACAAAA